GUGAUCCAUUUGGCCGCGUAAUUCAAGGAAGAACAAAACUAUACAAACAAAACAAUCAAUCAAUUCCAAAGUUAUUACGCACUUCACUUGCAGGAUUUCGUACUUGUUUUAUUAUUGACGUCAAAUUUUCUUCGCUUGACGACGAACUCUACUUUCAAUUCCCUCUCUGUUCCAAGAUUCUAAAAAGAUUGUCUAUUAAUAACAAUGUCUACUUUAAAUGAAGUGAGUAUGGUGGUCAGUGAUGAAGAUGCUGAUGUUGCAAGGCUUAAGGGGAAAUAUGCUGCAAUGGUUGUGUGUUGGCUUCUUGGGAAUGGAUGCCUCUUUUCUUGGAACAGUAUGCUGACCAUUGAGGAUUACUAUGGCUAUUUGUUCCCGAAAUACCACUCUUCAAGAGUUCUUACUCUUGUGUAUCAGCCGUUUGCCCUUGUAACAAUCUCGAUACUCACAUAUUGGGAAGCAAAGAUCAACACCAGAAAACGGAAUCUCUUUGGAUAUCUUCUGUUCUUCAUUUGCUCCCUCUUUGUUUUAAUUUUAGAUUUAGCAACAUCUGGAAAAGGAGGGCUUGGUCCCUUCAUAGGAAUUUGUGUUAUUAGCGGAGGUUUUGGAAUUGCGGAUGCUCAUGUUCAAGGGGGAAUGGUUGGGGACCUUUCCUUUAUGCAUCCUAGACUUAUGCAGUCUUUUCUGGCUGGUUGUGCUGCCUCAGGCGCUCUUACCUCCAUUUUAAGAUUAAUUACAAAGGGAGCAUUUGAAAAUUCGAAGAAUGGCCUUCGCAAAGGAGCUCUUUUGUUCUUUGCCAUUUCGGCCUUUUUUGAGCUUCUUUGUGUUAUCCUCUACGCAUUUACUUUCCCAAAACUGCCAAUUGUCAAGCACUUUCGGGCCAAGGCAGCUUUAGAGGGAUCUAAAACAGUUUCUGCCGACCUUGCUGCUGCUGGUAUUCAUAGGGUAGCAAAUGAGGCCGAGGGAAAAACAACCGAAGUCGGGCGACUGAGCAAUAAAGAAUUACUCUUACAGAAUGUAGACUAUGCAAUUGGCCUCUUUUUGAUAUAUGCUCUCACAUUGUCCAUUUUUCCUGGAUUCUUAUCUGAGGAUACUGGUUCGCACAGUUUAGGAACAUGGUAUGCACUCGUGCUGAUUGCAGCUUACAACGUUUUUGACCUUGUUGGGAGAUACAUUCCACUGAUCAAAUGUAUAAAGUUAGAGUCACGGAAAUGGCUUAUGGUAUCAAUCCUUGCACGUAUCUUACUCGUACCGGCAUUCUACUUCACUGCCAAAUAUGGCAAUCAAGGUUGGAUGAUACUACUCACUUCAUUCUUAGGCUUGACUAAUGGUUACCUCACUGUUUGUCUGCUCACUACUGCACCAAAAGGUUACAAGGGACCAGAGCAGAAUGCAUUAGGGAAUUUGUUGGUUAUGUUUUUGCUUGGAGGAAUAUUUGCUGGAGUAACACUGGAUUGGCUGUGGCUUAUAGGCAAGGGCUGGUAAAAGGGUAGAUUUGUGAGCUUAUUAAUAAAUGUAUAUAUAUAUAUAUUAUAUUUGUUCUUUAUUAUUAUUAUUAUUAUUAUU